UUAGUUACAAAUUGUAGGUGGUUUCGUGAGGUUCUAACGAAGCAGCCGCGUUCACUGGCGCGGCGCAGACAGGAAGCAAUGGCGUCGAAACGUCCCUUUUCCGAAGAGGAUUUUACGUGUUCUGUUUGCUGUGACAUUUUCAGUGACCCGGUGCUGCUUCAGUGUGGUCAUAGUGUGUGUAGAGUCUGUGUUCAACAAUACUGGACGAUCAGAGGUUCAAGACAAUGUCCGCUGUGUCGAAAAAGAUCCACCAACAAGAACCCUCCGGUAAACCUGGCCCUGAAAAACCUGACUCACGCUUUCCUGAACUACCGGGGUCCUUCGGAGGAGCUGUGCGAGCUUCACCGGGAGAGACUGAGUCUUUUCUGUCUGCAUGAUGAAGAGCUCUUGUGUGUAGUUUGCAGAGAGUCGUGCCAGCACAGAAAGCACGAGUGCCGUCCUGUCACUGAGAUAGCAGAGGAACGUAAGAGAGUUUUCCGCCGUGAACUUGACCACUUGACCAGAAAAUUGAAGAUUCUGCAACAUGACAAAAUUGUAUGCGGUCAGCAGGCUAAGCACAUACCUCAACAGGUCUGGCGCACGCAGAACUUAAUCAAGAGUGACUUUAAUCAUCUUCGCCAGCUUCUGGAUAAUGAAGAAAAAGCCAUACUUGCUGCACUGUGCAAUGAAAAGAAACUGAAAACACAGAUUAUGGAAGACAAAAUGAAGACAUUGAUGGAAGAAAUACAUUCUCUGAAUAAUUCUAUCAGGGACUUGAAAGAUAAAUUGAGUAUUGGAGAUGUCCAGUUUCUUAAGAGCUUCAAGGACAUUUUGGAGAGAGCCCAGAACAUGAACCAGGAACCCGAAACGGUUCAAGGAGGUCUUAUUGAUACUGCACAGUACCUGGGAAAUUUGAAGUUCACGGUGUGGUUGGAAAUAGGACGGUCUAUCAGUUACACUCCUGUGGUGCUUGACCCAAACACCGCUAACUCUCAACUUAUAGUGUCUGAAGAUCUGACGUGCGUGAGGGACCGAGAUGAACAAGAGGAGGAAGACAUAGCCGGCAUGCAGAAGAAUCAGCUUCCCGAUAACCCGGAGAGGUUUGAUAGGUGUAACUGUGUCCUGGGCUCUGUGGGCUAUUCUUCUGGGACGCACAUUUGGGAUGUGGAUGUGGGAGACAGCACUUUCUGGAUGCUGGGUGUCACUACGGAGUCUGUCAAGAGAAAGGGAACCAAAAGCUUGCCCAGCGAGGUCUGGUGCAUCGGCUGUGACAACAACACGCUCAAUUUGAAGGCUCCUUGGGAGUCAUGCAUCCCUUUGCUUGGGUUUGAGAAACCAAAGCGAGUGAGAGUGAAACUCGAUUUAGAUGAAGGACAGCUUUCUUUCUCGGAUCCUCUCAGCAGAACACUCUUUCACACGUUCACAACCAGCUACACUGAGAAGGUCUUCCCGUUCUUCUGCAGUCUGUGCAGUGUCUCUCCUCUGAGGAUUCUGCCUCAACGCUCCCAUAAAAGAGAUGUAAAGUCUGUUUAAAAGUUUUUGUAGGUUUGGCGUGAUGUUUUUCUAAAAAAGAACUGUGGUUCAGUUAUGCUUUUUUUUUGUUAUUGUUGUUUUCUACAGUAGUACAUUUACAUUUAAGACAAUUAAAAUUCAGUUUUCAAAAGAUCAUUUGGAUCGCACUGUAAAAAGUGUGAACGGGAGCAUUUUAUAGAUAUUAAUUUUGUCAUUACUAUGUAUAAAGUUCACUGUGAUGAAUCUUUUGUUAUUUUUGAAUGCACCUUGUCUCUCUGUCUCUCUUGUUUCCAUGUGAGUGAGAUGAGGGACGUUGUUAUAGUGUUAGAGUAGUUAUGAAAGAAGUAGCAAUGUCUGAUGAAAACAGAAACGGAUGCCCUACACUUGAUAUCAUAGUAAAAGGUAUGAAAAGUACAUGUAUGUAUUAAAGUAAUCCAUCCAU